UACUCUUUAUCUGCUUCUGUCUUCUGCUAGAAAUCACUGAAUCGGUCAAGAAAUGCGCGAAAUGUCUUAUAGCAAAAUAUUUGACUUUGGCUGAUGCCUUUACUGUAUAAAGUAAAAUAAUUACAAUUUUCGGUAUUCAUCAAGCAGUAAAAAUGCUGGGUCGAAAGCAAAGCUUAAAAGGUGACCAAGUUCUGGCAGACUAUGGGCCUGAGGAGUCGCUCAACGAGAGUGCAGAUAUUGAGUGGGUGAAUAAGAAUAUUGUUCGCGGUGUUCUGCGUCUCAGUGCCCUCAUCAGUUUAGUCUCUGUUAGCUGCAACACCCCAAAAACAUUUGAACGAUUUCCGCCUCUACAGUACUUGACAUUCUGCUUCGAUCUAGUCAUCACAUUCCUUUUUACUGCUGAAAUGAUUGCAAAAAUGCACAUCCGAGGAAUUUUAAAGGGUGAAGUACCGUAUUUGAAAGAUCAUUGGUGUCAAUUUGAUGCGACUAUGGUGUUUCUUCAUUGGGUGUCAGUCAUUCUGCAAAUGUUCGAAAUGCUCAGCAUUGUGCCACGAUUCAGUUACCUGUCAAUACUACGAGCUCCAAGACCGUUAAUCAUGAUCCGUUUCAUCAGAGUUUUCCUCAAAUUCUCCAUGCCCAAAUCCCGCAUCAACCAGAUCUUUAAGCGUUCGAGUCAACAGAUCUACAAUGUCACCCUAUUUUUCCUGUUCUUCAUGUCACUCUAUGGACUUCUUGGUGUUCAGUUUUUUGGAGAGUUGAAAAAUCAUUGCGUCGUCAAUACUACACAUCCUCAUUCGAUCACACUAAAUAGCUUAGCUAUACCAGACACAUUCUGCUCCAUGGAUCCAGACUCAGGAUAUCAAUGUCCUGAAGGAUUGAAGUGUAUGAAAUUGGAACUGUCUAGAUAUGUGAUGGGAUUCAACGGAUUUGAUGAAUUCGCGACAAGUAUAUUCACUGUCUAUCAGGCUGCCUCACAAGAAGGCUGGGUUUUCAUAAUGUACAGAGCGAUUGACAGCCUGCCUGGAUGGAGAGCAGUGUUUUACUUCAGCACAAUGAUAUUCUUCCUGGCCUGGCUGGUCAAGAACGUUUUCAUUGCUGUCAUCACCGAAACCUUCAAUGAAAUUCGAGUUCAAUUCCAGCAAAUGUGGGGAAUCCGUGGAGGAGGCAUGUCUAACAAAUCUGCAUCUCAGAUCUUGACUGGAAACGACAUGGGCUGGAAGUUGGUAACACUGGAUGAGAAUAAGCACAGUGGUUUGGCACCACCCGUUUGUCAGAAAAUUCUGAGAUCAGCUUCGUUUCGCCUGCUGAUGAUGGGCAUCAUUCUCGCCAACGGCCUCGUCACAGCUACAAUGCACUUCAAACACGACGGCCGGCCUAGACAUGUUUUCUACGAGAAUUACUACUACAUCGAAUUUGGAUUCACUAUCCUUUUAAAUCUUGAAGCUCUAUUCAAAAUCUGGUGCCUUGGAUUUCGUGGUUAUUUCAAGCAUUCUUAUCACAAAUUCGAACUUCUGCUAGUGAUCGGCACUACAAUACACGUUCUUCCAAGUCUGUAUAAUUCGGAACUCACAUAUUUUCAGGUUCUGCGAGUCGUCCGCCUAAUAAAAGCUUCGCCAAUGCUAGAAGAUUUUGUCUACAAAAUUUUCGGACCUGGAAAAAAGUUGGGCAGUCUGAUUAUAUUCACAAUGUGCCUCUUGAUUAUUUCUUCUAGCAUUUCAAUGCAACUGUUUUGUUUCCUGUGCGAUUUCAAUAAAUUCGAAAGUUUUCCUGAGGCAUUCAUGUCCAUGUUUCAAAUCCUGACACAAGAGGCUUGGGUUGAAGUUAUGGAUGAAACUAUGCUGAGAACGAGGACUACAUUGACUCCACUGGUGGCUGUUUACUUCAUAUUGUACCAUCUGUUUGUCACACUGAUUGUGUUGAGCUUGUUCGUCGCAGUUAUCCUGGACAACUUGGAACUCGACGAAGACAUAAAGAAGUUGAAGCAGUUGAAAUUCAGAGAGCAGAGCGCUGAGAUCAAGGAGACACUGCCAUUUCGAUUGCGAGUAUUCGAAAAAUUCCCAGACAGUCCGAAAAUGACCUGUUUACAUAAAGUGUCAUCCGACUUUCUCUUACCAAAAGUUCGAGAAAGUUUUAUGAGACAAUUCGUCUAUGAAAUGGAAGAAGAAGAUACCGAAAAUGCGAAGAAAAUCUAUGACGUAUGUGCUUCUAAAAUAACUUACAGAAAGCAGAGAUCCAUCAAGCUGUUGAACAAUAUGCCGAAAAUCAGGCACGUCACUACCGAACUACGCAAAGCGAGCAUCACCUACAUCAUAAAUGACUCGAACAAUCAGAGACUGCUUCUGGGUGACUCGGCUGUCAUUCCGAUUCCGGGCAAAGGAGCGUUGAACCCUCAAGGAACUAUCAGCAGUGCAAAGCAACUCAGAAUCGAUCAGAAAAAAUCGAUUCGUCGGAGCGUGCGCAGUGGCUCGAUCAAGCUGAAGCAGACGUACGAGCACCUGAUGGAGAACGGCGACAUCGGCGCCAUGAAUCGGGUGAGCUCGUCACGCAGCCGGCCGCACGACCUCGACAUCAAACUGCUGCAGGCCAAGAGGCAGCAGGCCGAAAUGCGCAGGAAUCAACGUGAAGAGGAUCUGAGGGAAAAUCAUCCUUUAUUUGACACGCCACUGUUUCUGGUGCCUCGCGAGAGCAAAUUCAGGAAAGCUUGUCAGCUGAUAGUCUAUGCACGUUAUGAUGCCCGUCUGAGAGACCCUCUCACCGGAAAGGAGCGGAAAGUCAACUACAAGCGGCUCCACAAUUUCCUGAGCCUAGUGACCUACUUGGACUGGGUGAUGAUCUGCGUGACAACGCUGUCAUGCAUCUCGAUGAUGUUCGAGACGCCCACCUAUCGCGUCAUGUCCACCCCAGUGCUGCAGAUAGCCGAGUACGGUUUCGUCAUCUUCAUGAGUCUCGAGCUCGCCUUGAAAAUACUCGCCGACGGCAUAUUCUUCACUCCCAAAGCCUACAUGAAGGAUGUCGCGUCUAUCUUGGACGUUUUCAUCUACGUUACGAGCCUGGUGUUCCUGUGCUGGAUGCCGGAGAGUGUGCCGCCCAACUCGGGUGCCCAGCUGCUGAUGAUCCUGCGCUGUGUGCGCCCCCUCCGCAUAUUCACACUCGUGCCGCACAUGCGCAAAGUCGUCGACGAACUCUGUCGCGGAUUCAAGGAAAUUCUACUGGUCUCGAUCCUGCUGAUAGUGCUGAUGUUUGUGUUCGCGAGCUACGGCGUGCAGAUGUUCGGCGGCCGGCUGGCGCGCUGCAACGAUCCGACCAUCGAUCGGCGCGAGGACUGCGUCGGCGUCUUUCUGCGUCGCGUCUUCGUCACCAAGAUGAAGCUCUUGCCCGGCGCCAACGAGGCCUAUCCAUCCAUGCUGGUGCCGCGUGUCUGGGCGAACCCACGCCGCUUCAACUUCGACAACAUCGGUUACGCAAUGCUGGCCCUGUUCGAGGUGCUCUCGUUCAAGGGCUGGCUUGACGUGCGCGAUAUCCUAAUCAGGCACCUCGGACCUGUUCACGGAAUUUACAUCCACGUUUACAUAUUUUUGGGCUGUAUGAUUGGACUGACGUUGUUCGUGGGUGUGGUUAUUGCCAACUACUCUGAGAAUAAGGGCACUGCGCUCUUGACUGUCGACCAGAGGCGGUGGUGUGACUUGAAGAAGAGAUUGAAAAUCGCUCAGCCCCUGCACCUGCCCCCUCGCCCCGACGGGCACAAGUUUCGCGCCUUCAUCUACGACAUCACGCAGAACAUCUACUUCAAGCGACUCAUCGCCGCCAUGGUGCUCAUCAACAGCAGUCUCCUCAUUGUCUCGUGGCGGGAAGAAGAGGAGCACACGAAGCCCCUGGCGCUGGUGAGCACGGCGCUGACGACUGUGUUCGUGGCGGAGGUGAUCAUGAAAGUGAUUGCGUUCACACUGCGCGGCUACUGGCAGUCGCGCCGCAAUCGAUACGACCUCCUAGUCACGGUGCUCGGCGUCAUCUGGAUAUGCAUCAACUCCACGCUAAGGAACAACCUGUCGUACACAGUGGGCUUCGUAGUGGUGGUGUUGCGCUUCUUCACCAUCACCGGCAAGCAUGCCACCCUCAAGAUGCUCAUGCUCACAGUGGGCGUGUCCGUCUGCAAGAGCUUCUUCAUCAUCUUUGGAAUGUUCCUCCUCGUUUUCUUCUACGCGCUAGCGGGGACAAUUCUAUUCGGUACCGUCAAGUACGGAGAAGGAAUCGGAAGGAGAGCGAACUUUGGCUCGCCAGUGACAGGGGUGGCGAUGCUGUUUCGCAUAGUGACCGGCGAGGACUGGAACAAGAUAAUGCACGACUGCAUGGUGGAGCCGCCUUUCUGCACGGCGGCCGGAAACUACUGGGAGACCGACUGCGGCAACUUUGUCGCGUCACUCAUCUACUUCUGCUCCUUCUACGUCAUCAUCACCUACAUUGUGCUCAACCUACUUGUCGCCAUCAUCAUGGAGAACUUUUCCCUGUUCUACUCCAAUGAAGAAGAUGCCUUACUAUCGUAUGCUGACAUAAGAAACUUUCAAAACACUUGGAACGUUGUGGAUAUUCAUCAGAAGGGUGUCAUUCCUGUCAAACGGGUGAGGUUCAUCCUACGCUUACUUAGAGGACGGUUAGAGGUUGAUCCACAGAAAGACAGACUACUCUUCAAGCACAUGUGCUAUGAAUUGGAGAAACUCCACAACGGAGAGGAUGUCACCUUCCAUGAUGUACUCAACAUGCUGUCAUACAGAUCAGUGGACAUCCGCAAAGCCCUUCAACUGGAGGAGCUGUUGGCCAGAGAGGAGUUUGAGUACAUCAUCGAAGAGGAAGUGGCAAAACAAACCAUCAGAACUUGGCUAGAAGGUUGCUUGAAAAAGAUCAGAGCUGUCAGCAAACAGCAGAAUAGCCUGAUAGCAGGGUUAAGAGCAACAAAUGAGAUUCUGAAUACAAUGCAGGAUACACACCACGAUGAUAAGGCAAAAGAGGCUAGUUUGGAUAGGGACAGCGAAGGAGAACCCAAGUGUGUUGGGUUGCAGGAGACAGAGGGGGGCGUUGGCGCGGGGGCAGGCGUGGGCGGCAGAGGCGGUGGCAGGGGGGCGGCAAAAGGCGUCAAGGGGGGCGCAGGGGGCAUGGCGAUUCCGCGGUCGGACAGCGUUGGAAGCAGCUCGGGUCGCAAGUACCUGGCGCCCACUCUCUCCGACCCUCUCUCUCGCACCGACAAGGAGCGGCAGAGUGUCAAGAAGCGCAACAAUCGCACACAAGGAUCCGAGCCAAACAGUUUGCUUAUCAGAGAUCUACCAUUGAACAGAACAGCCCUUCCCAAAGUGUCCAAUGUGAUGCUCGAAGUGAGAGACUGGUGGCAGGAGCAGCUCGGUUAUAACUCUGACUCCAGCGACGAAUGUGAACUCUGAAUACAUUCCGCCUCAUUUCACUAAUUCACCAAAGUAACAGGUUUGAUUCCCUAGAUUUUAGGUUUGAAAAGUAACCGAAUAGGUUGCAUUAUCCUAAUGUGUUCUUAAUAGAGUUGUUUAUUGAUUGUACCUCAAUGCAAUCUGAAUCUAGAGUUGAAACAAACCUAUUUACACUAUGGUCACAGAAUAGGUACAGAAUGGAAACUGUCAAUCAAACGCCUAUCCAACCAAUGCUUUUUACAUGGCGCAAACACUAGACACGUCACGUGACCUUAGGAAGUUUAAACCCUGGUCUUCUGAUUGGCUCGCGGCAGUGAACGAGAUCAAUUGAUCUGGAUCAGUAGAGUGAUCCGAACCUCCCAUCUAUACUAUUACAAUGCGGCACUUCCUAACAAUAUGGCGGAUUUUUGCGCCAGGUUACUAGCCGAGUUUCCGUACUGUAUGUAUACUGUGCUAUGGUACUCAUGCAGCAACGAAUAGCUAAACUAUUAAUAUUCAUUUAUUGAUCAAUUAUACACAGUUCAUUAGAAUUGAUGGAAGGACACACAUUACACUUUUAGAUCAUUAAAUAUUAGCAGCUCUGGUAUUUAUAUAGUGGGACGUCCACCACUUUUAAAAACUGUCCAAAAUAAGAUAAAUAUCCAUUGAAUUGUAGAAUGGUACUAGAAAUAUUUUAUUUGAAACUUUUGUUUUGAAAAACCGAUUACCGGUAAUUAGAUCUGGUCUUGAAGAAGAAAUUAUGUUCAAUAAUUCAUUCAUAAACAAUAUCAUGUUUAUAUUAUAAUCUGUCAGUAUUUUUCCUAGACUUUUUUAAACUUUAACAAAAGUUACAGAACUGAUUUAAAAAGUUGUCUUCACAUAAACUACUACCUUCUCAGGCAGUGCCAAACAUUGAAUAGAUGUAGAUUAUGAUAGAUAGACUGAUUUGGAAAUCCAUUCCGCUACCUCUCAUAGUAGAAGAUCUUACUAAAUACGAGUAAUUAACAGUUUCUUUGAAAACCUCAAGACCAGUAUUAUUUAUUCGGCUCAAAUUAUAUCACAACGCAUAAAAUAAUGCAUUUACCUAUUAUUCUACAUAAUUUGAAUAUGUUAUGUGAUUUGGGAAGUAAAAUUUUAUUGUUAAGUUUGUUUGUUGUCAAUUUGAGAUGAAAAUCUAGCUGUUGAUAUUGAUGUUUUAUAUCGUUGUCAAGUAUCAAGUGUUGAUGAAUAAAAUAGAUUUUACAUGACA